AAGCUGGUUUGUAGGCAGUGGAUUAAAACCUUCAGCAGCUGAGUUUUGAAGCUGGUUUGCUUGAUUGGUUAUAAAACUUUCUAUAGAUUCGUUAGGAACUGAGUGAUGAAGCUGGUUUGUCGGCGGUGAUUUAAGCCUACUGGAAAUCAGAGUUGAAGCUGGUUUGUCGGCGGUGAUUUAAGCCUACUGGAAAUCAGAGUUGAAGCUGGUUUGUCGGCGGUGAUUUAAGCCUACUGGAAAUCAGAGUUGAAGCUGGUUUGUCGGCGGUGAUUUAAGCCUACUGGAAAUCAGAGUUGAAGCUGAUACGGGGAGAAUACAGAUCGGGGAGAUAGAAUAAACGAUGAUUGUCGACCUGGGACCUGUGUAUAGUGUUUUAGAAAGAUGAGCGUUUUGGUGACCUUUCUGCAGAGUUAUAUCAUAUUUACCGCAUGGUACCAGCUUCUGGAGGGAAGCCAUUUCCUUGACAACAAGAAUCAUACAAGACAGGAUAUCCUCCGACAGCUGUUGGACGACGGUACAUAUGACUCCAAAAUAUCCCCAGAAUACGAGGAAGAUGUUCCUACAGCUGUCACUAUUCAGAUUUAUGUCAUGAGCAUCGACUCCUUGAAUGAAGCAUCCAUGGACUACACAGUGACGAUAUUCCUGCGUCAGAAGUGGAUAGAUAAUCGCCUGAAGUACCCACCAGUAUCGGGGAUGAAGAUGCUAGAACUUGAUAACCGAAUGAUAGACCAAGUCUGGGUGCCUGAUACAUUCUUCGCUAACGAGAAAUCUGCAAGCUUCCACUACAUCACGGUACCCAACAAACUCAUGCAUCUAUAUCCUAAUGGAACAGUGUUCUACAGUGUCAGAGUGACGAUGACAUUAUCAUGUGACAUGAAACUAUCGGCCUACCCCUUGGAUUCCCAGAAAUGUCACAUUGCCUUAGAGAGCUACAGUUACACAACAGACAAUGUGAUAUUUAAAUGGCACCCUUACCAAGCUGUAGAAAUGCAAACAGAUCGACUUCUUCCUCAAUUCUUCUUUUCUGAUCAACCAUCGAUAACUAACGACUGCCAAAAAAACUAUGGAGAAAGUGGAAAUUUUUCCUGCCUCGAGACCACGCUUCACCUCACAAGAAACACCGGUUACUACAUCGCUCAAAUUUUUAUACCAAGUAUUCUUAUAGUUAUGUUGUCGUGGGUUUCAUUCUGGGUGGACGCUGAAGCCACACCUGCUCGAAUUUCAUUGGGUGUCCUCACAGUUCUCACCAUAACGACGCAAGGUUCCGGUGCACGUUCCACCCUUCCACGUGUCUCCUACAUCAAGGCAAUCGACGUAUGGAUGGCCACUUGUCUCAUGUUUGUUUUCGCCUCACUUCUCGAAUUCGCUUACAUAAACGUUCUGUCUCGUAAACGCCGCUCUAAACUGCUUCCGUCACUAGCUAUUGGACCGGACGGAAUGUUAAACACUCAGGAAAUGAACGGCAACAGCGAUAAUGGUGUCAAGCGCAAAUCAAGUAUUGGGCCGGUGACCUUUACAGAUAAAGCCCGAAUGGUAGAUAAAGUGUCAAGAGUUAUCUUUCCUUGUUCAUUUGCACUCUUCAACCUUGCAUUUUGGUCAUACUACCUUUCGUCAUCGGGAUAGAUUCCAGCUGUCACUCGACGUCGGAUCAUGUUGCCAAGAGAAGGUUUUGUUGGAGAAAUUCAUUGAGAUCAAGAUUUGAUUCACGAGUUGAAAUAACGUAUCGUUCAUUUGAAAAACAUUUUUUAACAAUCACUUACUUUUCUUCCAAGGGUUUACUUGGUAUGCAGACAAUGGCUAUUUAAAACAGUCGAACAGUUAGAAACAUAAUUGGUACAAAUAGUAUAUAUUGUGUCAUGUUGUUUUCAAUUAAUCAAGUUUUCCAAGCAAUUAUUUUAUAUUUUCCUUAUUGUAUAUACUAAAAAUGUUAAUUAAAGUUUCUGGUAUACAAUCAAUUAUAGAGCGGUAAGUAAGCUUGUGAUAUAUUAUCACUUUUGUUUACAAACGAUGUUAAUGAUCAUUCAUCACAUGUUGAUUUAUUACGUAAUUAAAUCUUUGAUGACUUCCGGUAGAGCAACUAAUUAAAAUGUCUCAUCACAGCGUGAAGAUUCACGGAAACGAAGAUAUAGACAUAACCUGUAUGUUGAUAUGUUACCAGGAAGUGAUCCAAUAUUCGUACUUAUGACAUUCCAAAUUAAAAUGAAAUGUUUUUAAACAUUUUAAUAAUUAACUUUAAAGCCUGCCCUUAUUUUCAUCUCUUCUGAUUUCGCUACAUAUGUAUUGGUAAAUUUGAACCUAUUAAUCCGUCAUUGAACAGAUACAGUAAACCUGUUUAGAGUUACCACAUCAAACAGACCUCCACUUUAUCACACAAGUCUGGUAGAUAUUCUUUUGUUACUUAAUCCUCUAGUUCAUAUUAUAUAUAUAUAUUUAUAUCUUAAGUUACCUGGACAUUGAUCAGUCGUGGGUAUACACAUACUUAGAUAUGUCUUAUGUCUGUCAUGCAGUGUUUUUCUGGACAGUUAUAUAUAAAACAACAUUUAUAUUGUGAUAGGUCUCACAUAUUAAUUCAAAAUUUCAAUAUUUACCUUCAGAGAGAAAAUUUUGGGAUAGUUUACAUCAUAGACAGUGCAGAUUUUCGUUGCUUUGUCGAUAUUUUCAUAUGCAUUCUACCUUAUCUCUUAACUCUAAACAAACGGUUUUAUUGGCGGGAAUGUGCCACCAUCAUGUUCUUAAAUAAUGGUAAGACUUGGUCAGUAAGAUAACCGUCUUGUUUAUCCUUCUUAUCUUGUAGAUGUGCAAGUGAUGGUCAGUGCUGUAGUAUCUUCCGUCUUAUUCUACUUCCGAGAGACACUUAAUGUAUCUUUCCUAUAGACUCAGUCUUUGCUGCCGUCUAAUUCUACUUCCGACAGACAAUUAACGUAUCUCUCCUAUAUACUAAGUCUUUGCUACCGUCUAAUUCUACUUCCAACAGACAAUUAACGUAUCUCUCCUAUAGACUAAGUCUUUGCUACCGUCUUAUUCUACUUCCGACAGACAAUUAACGUAUCUUUCCUACAGAACUCAGUCUUUGCUACCGUCUAAUUUUACCUUAUUUGGAUCGGUUAAACAUGCUAGAAAAACGCAAGAUACAGAUCGGGUUCGAGGCUGGAUUGCGGAAUAUGUGGUGCGUGAAGUUUGAAGGGUUCAGCCGUACCUAUCGGAAACUAACUUGUUGAAUAUCAUUAGUUUUCUAAAUUGCAGCAUAAAAAGGUUGGGCCGGUGCACUCCGGGAAUAUUGUGCGAUAAAUCAUAAGUGAAAUGGAUGGUAUCUUGAUUUUAGUUAAUUGAUUUACACUGAUAGGAAUUUCCGAAACUGUGAAUUUUGAGCUUUACAUAUAUCAGUUCCAACAUCCGGUAAGAUUCGCUCCUUAACCUCGUUACAAUUGAACGCAUAGAUGUGUUGUCUUGCAUUUGUUUGACAUGUGGUAUUUUAAAGACGUUUUUGAAAUUUUACGCAUGUUUCAUUGAAUAGUUACUUGGUCUGGUGUAUGUAUAUUCAGAAAAUUAUGAAAAAAAGACAUGUUUACCCUUUCAAUUUUUCAAGGAAAUAUGUUAUUCUAUGUUUGUUUUACAUUUUUGAUAAAAACAUUUAUAGUAUUUUGCUAUAA